UAUAUAUGUGGAAGACAUUCAUUGAAGUAGUACCGUAUGUUGUGGUUUAUUAUUAUCAUUCAAUCACUACUUGUUAUGUCUCUGUGCUUGAAAAUACAUCUCUCAAAAGUUUCUUCAUGUCAUAUUCUCUCCUUUUCAAUGUAAAGGUCUUAAUCACCGACUUACGUACUCAUAACCAGUCAAACACAACGCCAAAAUGUCAGGAGUGUCAAUGGCGAUGGCACCUCGGUCGGAGCCAGACCAAACGGCCACCACCACCGACGCCAAGCACCACCACAAGCGGCUCCAACAGAAACUGGAACAGCCGGCGGUAGCGGGUGGCAUUAUGGGGUCUUUACGUAUCAUAGAGCUUCAGCUGGUGGCCUUCAUUAUGGUCUUCUCAGUGAGCGGCCUGGUCCCACUUCUGGACUUGGUCUUCCCAGCUUUCGCCAGCGCUUACCUCUUGGCACUGUCUCGGCUCGUGUUCCCUACGAACUGUGAUCACGGAACCACUACUUCCCAAGAGCUCUUCCAUGGAAGCAAACUCUUCAGACUGUACGUGAUCAUGGGAACCGCCGUUGGGCUAUUCCUGCCAUUGGCGUACGUUUUGGGAGGCUUCGCCAGAGGGGACGGGCACGCCGUACGGUCCGCCACGCCGCACUUGUUCUUGUUAUCGUUUCAGAUUUUGACAGAGAACAUUAUAAGUGGGCUGUCCUUGUUUUCUCCUCCGGUUCGAGCCUUGGUUCCGUUGCUUUAUACGGUCCGGAGGAUCUUUGUCAUUCUUGACUGGAUCAAAGAUGUUUGGGUCGACCAAACCCUACCUGCAAAUGCUCCAUUCAAGGAUGUUGGUUGGUUUUGGUUUGGGAGGAGCUUAGCAGUGGCCAAUUUGGGAUAUUUUGCCAUAAAUCUGUUUGUGUUUUUAAUUCCAAGAUUUCUUCCAAGGGCCUUCGACAGGUAUUUCAGUGAAAGGGAUGAAGUUCAUGCCAAGAUGGCAGAGGACAAACGCUCUGCAGCCUUUAAUAAAUCUCAACCAUAUCAAGAUAAGAAAGACACAUGAUUAUCGAUUGAUUUUAUUUAUGUUCACUCUUUUUUUCCUUUUCUUUAUACUUAUCCAUAAGCAUAUAACAAUCUGGUCUACGUGUAAUAAUGUUAUGUACAAAUUUUUGGUUUAGUGGUGAAGAAA